CUGCAUCCGUACUGCUCCUUUAAGACUUGUCCUCCCCAGUAUCUUUUUAUUUUUUUUCUCUCAGCCUCAUACAAGGAGCUCUUUAAGCCCCGGUACCGACACAGAGCAGGCAUUCAUACUCGGGCAGCGCGAGCGAGGGGGCUCGGGAGCGAGCGUCACUUUGGAAACUCGGGAACUCACGGAUUCUCGUGCUACACCGGCGACCUCCUUUUCUCAUUACUGAAGUGAUUGCUGUUGGAUUUCAAACGCGGGACAAACGGAGGAGAGAGUGAAGGGGAAGUCAGGAGGGAAGUGAGACCGGGUGAGUUUGGCGCAGACAGCUGUGCAUUAGCAGGUAAACUGGGGUCCAAGGUGCGCACUGAGCCGCCUAUGAUACCAACAACACGGAUGGAAAGAACUUUAAUGUGGAACCCUCACAGAGUUUUGCAACGGAGGCUGAGAGUAGAGACAGACUGGCAGUUCAUAAUAUAACUUAUAGGAGGCCAGAGAGACAGAUCAGGCAGCAGUCAGCUGACACUCCGUGCGUAGGGAUAGGCAGCAACAGGGACAGGACAGCUGAGCUGAGCAUUUAGGAACAGACCUUGCGUCCUCUGCGCACCUGGAGGCGUGUGUGUGUGUAGGAAGAUGUCGAGAGAGGAGCAGAGUUUGUCGGAGGUUGAGCUAAGUCCCGGGAUGUCGGACGAUAGUCGCUCCCUGUCACCGGGCCAUUCCUCCGGUGCGGCCUGCGGGGGGGACUCGCCUCUCCGCGGGCAGCAGCAGCCGCAGCUAGCGGGCCUUGACGACUCGGCGGCGGGCUGCUCUUCUAUCAAAUCCGACGAGGAGGACGACGACCGCUUCCCCGCAGGAAUCCGUGAUGCGGUGAGCCAGGUGCUCAACUGCUACGACUGGACCCUCGUGCCAAUGCCCGUGCGCGUAAACAACGGAAGCAAGACCAAGCCGCACGUGAAAAGGCCGAUGAACGCCUUCAUGGUGUGGGCACAGGCGGCGCGGAGGAAACUGGCCGACCAACACCCGCACCUGCACAACGCGGAGCUCAGCAAGACCCUGGGGAAGCUCUGGAGGCUUCUUAAUGAGAGCGACAAGCGACCCUUCAUCGAGGAGGCAGAGCGGCUGCGGAAGCAGCACAAGAAGGACUAUCCUGACUACAAAUACCAGCCACGACGCCGCAAAAGUGGAAAGCCUGGUUCUGGGUCAGGAAGUGAGGCGGAUGGCCAUUCGGAGGGUGAGGUCAGCCAAUCCCACUACAAGGGCCUCCAACUGGAUGUGGCCCUCAGUAGGGGAGCCGGGUCCCCUCUGGCAGAUGGGCACCACCCUCAUGCUGCAGGUCAGAGUCACAGUCCUCCCACACCUCCCACCACUCCCAAGACCGAGCCCCAGUCUGGGAAGGCAGGGGAUGGAAAGCGGGAGGGUGCUGGGAAUGGGGGCUCCCGUGGCGCAAUGGGAGCAGAGGGAAGCUCAUGUGCUCCAGGAUCUGGUAAACCUCACAUUGACUUUGGUAAUGUAGACAUUGGUGAGAUGAGCCAUGAGGUGAUGGCCAACAUGGAGCCUUUUGAUGUCAACGAGUUUGACCAGUACCUUCCCCCAAAUGGACACCCGGGGGUUGGGCAGAGUGCUGGAGCAGCAGCAGCUGCAACAGCUUCUCCGUCCUCUCCGUACAACUACAGCAUCUCCUCAGCUCUGGCAGCAGCCAGUGGACACUCAGCAGCCUGGCUCUCCAAGCAGCAGCAGCAGCAGCAGCCGCUGCAACAUCACGGCCCCCCUCUGGGCUCAGAUCACUCCAAGACCCAGAUCAAGAGUGAGGCCAGGGGUCACUUUGCAGAGACAGCCUCAGUAGGUUCCCAUGUCACCUACACUCCCCUCAGCCUUCCUCACUACAGUUCUGCCUUCCCCUCACUAGCCUCCAGGGCUCAGUUUGCUGAAUAUGCUGACCACCAAGCCUCAGGGCCAUACUACCCCCACUCCAGCCAGGCCUCUGGGUUGUACUCUGCCUUCUCUUACAUGGGGCCUUCCCAGAGGCCCCUGUACACUGCCAUCACUGACCCAGCCAGCGUACCGCAGUCACACAGCCCCACACACUGGGAACAGCCCAUCUACACGACAUUGUCGCGGCCAUGACAGACAACAAGACUGGAGGGCACUGGUGCAGGUUCAGCCCCCAUGUCAGACCCAAGGAGCAGCAGCAGCCACGGCAGCAGCAGCGUUGGUGAUAUCGGUGGUGGAAGUGGUCUGGGCUGGGGGCAGUGGGCAGGCACUGGGGGAGUUGGCAGGAGGGGAGAAACCCCAUUCUGCCCAGAUGCAGAAAAGCUGUCACAGCCCAAGGAUGAGCUUGGAGCGUGGUGCUUUUGAAGCGUGGUUGAUUAUUUGGGGCACUCAGCGUAGUAGAGAGAGAAUGUGUUACUUUACGCCAUCGCAGAGUUCCUGGUUAGAUUCACAGCCGCCAUGCCUCCGCCGCUCCAAACACAAUGCAAAGUGUUCAUAAGAGUUAAAGGAUCAUGUCCCUGUAAGUUUUAUGUAUCAGAGGAGGCACCUUGUAGUCUACACCCCUCUGUCACAAACCACAAGGGGUUGGUAGCAACAGAGACCUGGUACACAUUGAGAAUUAGGAAGACUUCGAUCUGUAUUGUGAAGGAUGUGAUUGAGAUGGAGCCAAAUUCAUUCCAUAUGAAUUGGGAUUUUUAAUAUCAGAAGAACAGAGUGCCAAUCUAUUUGGCUGUGGCCUAUUCACUUCUCAGGCAAAAUUGACCUUUUAUUAAACAGAUGUUAAUUUUGUAUUGCUUUUGGAAAAAAAUACAACAAAUACUGAUAUCAGUCUGUUGGUUUCUAAGGUACAUUUGUCCCUAUUUAAUUCAAAUUAUUAUGCUGUGUUCACUUAAACUGCCUCUUGUACACACAAAUGGACGUGCAUGGAAAUAAAACGCCAUAAAACUAUGUUUGAUUUAGUGAAAUGUAUAUUUAGUCAAAAAAAA